GUUGAUGAUGAACCGCGUGUUGGUGGUGGAAUAAACCGCUACACACUGCUAACAUUCCUCCUGACAGCUGUUUUCUUUCAGAUGUCUUUGGGUUUUUUGGUGAGUUUUUUUUUCUCACCGUUAAGUCCACCAGAUACCAAAAAUCCACCAGAAAUUAAAACUUGACGAGGGAACAAUGGAAGACAUGGACACCGGACUUUGUCAUCAGAACAUGUGCCAAAAUGGCCAAUACUGUAACCUGGGCAACCAAGAGAAAUGCAUUAGAUGCUUUGAAACCUCAACUACAGAAGGUAAUGGAGGACGACUCAGGGUUCCUGAUCAGUGCAGACCACAGAAGGUAGACGUGGACCUCAAAACUCCUCAACCACAGAUGACUUAUCCUGUCACCAGAUCAGCAGGAAGAUCUUAUUGUAGGCAAGGAGAGAGUAAAGCCCAGAUGAAAGAUGAGUGGGAGAGGCAAACAUUGUGGCAACGGGGAGAGGCAGAGAGAUCCCCCUAUCCACAGCAGACAAAUAGUGGUCGGGGGUUAAUGUCAGUAAAUGAGGAACAAUCAGUGUUAAAAGACCCGGUGAGGACCCAUGUCCCCCAAGAACAAUAUAGAAAGAAAGAAAACAGAGAAAGUGCUAUGGCUGAACAGCAACAUCCUUGUUCACCUAAUGACACCGCCUCUCAAUUUCUGUCUCUGACAUGCAAACCCAUGCAAGACAGUCAAGAUCCUGAAAGACCAAAUGAAACAGAUGAGAUGCUGAAUGCUGACUACACCGGCAACGUCUAUUCCGAACCAGUUAGCUACACUGUAGGCCAAGCUAUUUGUGCAGCCUGUGAAAACUCAGAAAAUGUAUAUACUGACUUGUAUGAGAUCUAUUCAUUCUCUGACCAAGUUUAUGAAGAAAUCUGUGAUGUUCCAGCUUCACUUUUUCCUGUUUUUUCAAAUGAAAAACAAUCUCUAAAUCAGAGAAAAACCAGCAUUCAGCAUUUGCAAAGUAAAGAGAGAGAUAGGCAUCACCAUCUGAAAGAGGCUGUUGGCUCAAGAUUGCGUCACUAUGCCCAGCGCUCUGAUGGUGAGUCAGACAGUCCAGAAAAGGAUGCAGAGUUUGCCCAGUACCAAAGCACUGCUAGCUGUGACCUGGAUGAGGACAAUGAACAAUCUGUAGCUGAGCCCAACCGAAGCCCUCAAAAUCUUGGAAGCAAAGCAAAAGCUAAAAAAACGCCCCUGAAAGAUCAUUCUGAACCUACAAGUCAAAUCAGUUCAAACAAAAACUGCAAAGCUGCAAGCCGGGACGACUCAGUCACACACCGGGUUCUGAAUUGUUCUGAUGAGACUUUAUCAAUGAAGAAUAGUCAGGAGAAGGCAGAUGCUAUCUCUUUGGUCAUUAAGGACAUUAGGGAGGCUAUUGAAGAGGUGAAGACAAGAACUAUAAGAUCCCCUUAUACACCGGAUGAACCAAAGGAACCAGUUUGGGUGAUGAGACAGGAUUUGAGUUCAAAUACAGAGUAUGAUUUCCAGCCAUUUCAUGGAGAUGAUGUAGAGAAGCACGAGGAAGAACAAGCCAAGCAGAAGGAACAGACUGACCAGUGUGCUCAAAGUGAGUCCCCUGGCUCCGGCUCUUCUUCCCCUCCAGGAGCCGGCUCAUCCAGCAAGCUUCUGUCACAGGAUGAAGGCUCUCGAGGUUCUCUGUCUCAUAAACAGUCCAGGAAAAGACUUACUUCCUUCCCCACAUAUGUAGAAGUGCCUGGCCCCUGUGUUCCAGAGGACCUAAUUGAUGGGAUCAUCUUUGCAGCUAACUGUCUUGGAUCCACACAGAUGUUAUCAGAGAAGACACCAUCGAAGAACAUUCGCAUGAUCCAAGCACAGGAAGCAGUUAACCGCAUCAAGGCUGAACCUCAGCCCAUCACAGAGGUGGAUCUCUUCAUCUCCACUCAGAGAAUCAAGGUGCUCAAUGCCGACUCCCAGGAAACUAUAUUAGACAAUGCUUUGCGAACCAUCUCCUACAUUGCUGAUAUUGGCAACAUUGUGGUUCUGAUGGCCAGGAGAAGGUUGCCUCACUGUGACUCUCAGGAGAAUGUGGAGGUUUCAGACCCAAGUCAGGACAGUAAGCACCAGCACAAGAUGAUUUGCCAUGUGUUUGAAUCUGAAGAUGCCCAGUUGAUUGCCCAGUCCAUUGGCCAGGCUUUCAGUGUGGCAUACCAGGAAUUCCUAAGGGCAAAUGGGAUCAAUCCCGAGGACCUUAGUCAGACAGAAUACAGUGACCUGAUGAGCACUCAGGACAUGUAUAAUGAGGAUCUUGUUCAUUUCUCCAGGUCUGAAAACUGCAAAGAUGUGUGUAUAGAAAAAGCUAAAGGUGAGAUUCUGGGGGUGGUCAUUGUGGAGAGCGGAUGGGGCUCCAUUCUACCUACUGUUAUCAUUGCCAAUAUGAUGCAUGCUGGGCCAGCUGAGAGGUCUGGUAGAGUCAACAUAGGAGAUCAGAUUAUGUCAAUCAAUGGAACCAGUCUGGUUGGACUGCCUCUGUCAACCUGCCAGAGCAUCAUAAAGGGUCUAAAGAACGAGUCUCGGAUAAAAGUGAAUAUUGUCAGAUGUCCACCAGUAACUACAGUUCUUAUCAGGCGGCCAGAUAUGCGCUACCAGCUGGGAUUCAGUGUACAGAAUGGCAUUAUAUGUAGCCUUAUGCGUGGUGGAAUUGCUGAAAGAGGAGGUGUAAGAGUGGGCCAUCGCAUCAUUGAGAUCAAUAAUCAGAGUGUGGUGGCAACUCCCCAUGAAAAAAUUGUCCAGAUCCUGUCCAACGCUGUGGGAGAGAUUCACAUGAAGACCAUGCCUGCAGCCAUGUAUCGCCUGCUGACUGCCCAGGAGCAGCCCCUCUACAUUUGAUAAACCUUAUCAAAUUUAAGCCCAUGCUUGAAGUCAGCUCCUUUCAGCAUAGUUUACUACAUAAAAUGAUAGUUCACAAGUGGAGCUUUUUUUUUGUCUACUGCAAUUUAAAAUCAAAAUUAUUUAACUGUAUUUACUACAAGACUUCUCUUUUUGGUUUAUUACAUAGGAAAUAAUGAGAGCCCUUUAUUGAAUGUGAGUCUCCAGCUGCACAAAGUAUAAAGUUGUUCUCUUUGUGAUUUGCUGUUGAAAAUUUUACCUCAACUUAAAAAUAGAAACAUUUUUAAGCUGUUUCUAUUUUUAUAUCUCUUUCCUGUUUAGCAACUAUAAGAAUUUCUAUGAAAAAUAGACCGUUCUCUUAGUGUGUGGAAUAACUAUAUUUAUGAGCCAGGUGUUAUAAGAAACAAAUCUUGCUUUCACUUUGCAUUCUAACCUUGUGUAGUGAUGUAAUAAUAAUAAUAAUAACAAUAAUAAAAAACACCAGGAAAAGAAAAUUUUUAUUCAUUCA